UUGCUUCUAGGUCAUGGUGGCCCAACAAGUGAAGCCGUCAAUACGCUCGACCUCAAGAAGCAGUUCUUCACUUCCCGCGGAUUUGCCAUUCUUGAUGUGAACUACCGUGGGUCAACCGGUUUCGGGACGGACUUUAGGAAUAUGUUGAAGCGUCAGUGGGGCGUUGUAGACCGUGACGAUAUGAUAGCAGCAGCUCGUUCAUUAAUUGCACGAGGACUUGUCGAUAAAGAUAAAGUCUGCAUACUAGGUAGUUCGGCUGGAGGGUACCUUGUUUUAUCGGUUCUCAUCCAUUCUGAUAUCUUCAAAGCAGCGGUUUCCAUCUACGGAGUAGCGGAUCUAGUCGGACUCGCAAAGGACACACACAAAUUUGAACGCGGCUACAAUGAGGUGUUGAUUGGUAAAUAUCCGGAAGAGGAGGACGUCUACAAUGAAGACACCGUGGUGCCGAUGAGUCAAAGUCUCGAGAUGUAUUACAAACUACGAACGAAGGGCGUUACAACUGCACUCAUGCUGUUUGAUGGCGAAGGACAUGGAUUCCGUGGCUCAGAUGCAAUUCGGCGGAGCACCGAAGCAUCAUAUGUCUUUUUGUGCAGAGCACUUGGUAUCACACCAUCAGUUUCGUCCGAUAUAGAAAUCGUUAACGAGAAGUAUGGUGAAGAUUUGGAGCAGAGUACAUGA